AUGGCGCCAAAAGCUCAGAAGUUUGAGUUGAAGACCCCUAAGGGGACGAAGGAUUGGCAGGGAAAGGACAUGGUCAUUAGGGACAAGAUCUUCUCUACGAUCACAGAUGUCUUCAAGCGCCACGGAGCGGUCACGAUCGACACCCCAGUCUUUGAGUUGAAGGAUAUUCUUUCUGGGAAAUAUGGCGAGGACAGCAAACUCAUCUAUGAUCUGGCCGACCAAGGAGGAGAGAUAUGCUCCCUUCGAUACGAUCUUACUGUUCCAUUUGCAAGAUGGCUAGCCAUGAACAGAGAUAUUCAAAAUAUCAAGCGCUACCAUAUCGCAAAGGUCUACCGACGAGAUCAGCCAGCAAUGACGAAGGGCCGAAUGAGAGAGUUCUACCAAUGUGAUUUUGAUAUCGCAGGCACAUACGAUCCCAUGUUGCCAGAUGCGGAGGUUGUCCGAAUUGCGACUGAAGUUUUCGAGGGUCUUGGUUGGAACGGACGAUACACCAUUAAGCUCAACCACCGGAAAAUAUUAGAUGGUGUCUUCGAGGUAUGCGGUGUACCGGCGGAAAAGAUUCGAACGAUCUCUUCUGCGGUCGACAAGCUGGACAAGCUACCAUGGGCUGAGGUGCGGAAGGAAAUGACCGAAGAGAAGGGUCUCGCCGAAGAUGUUGCAGACAAGAUUGGGGAGUACGUUGUGCUAAAGGGCCAGAAAGAUCUCCUGGCCAAGCUCCAAGCAGAUGAGAAGUUGAUGGCCAAUGAAUCUAUGAAAGCCGGUGUAGCAGAUAUGGAGCUGUUGUUCGGCUACCUGGAAGCUUUCGAAGCCCUCGAAAAUGUCUCUUUCGACUUGAGCUUAGCACGUGGUCUGGAUUACUACACUGGCGUGAUCUUCGAGAUUGUUACAGAAGGCUCAGCCCCUCCUGCAACGAUAACCGCGGCCACUCCUCAGGCUUCCAAGAAGCCCUCAAAGGCAGGCGCUGAAGACGAAGACCGUUCUUCAGACCCGAGCGUGGGCGUUGGUAGCGUUGCAGCUGGAGGCCGAUACGAUAACCUCGUUGGGAUGUUCUCAGGGAAGACGCAGAUCCCUUGCGUGGGUAUUUCUUUCGGUGUUGACCGGAUAUUCUCCAUCACCAAAGCAAGAAUGGCAGCGGAUAAGAAUGCGGAGCAGGUCCGGAAUAACGAGACUGACGUGUUCGUCAUGGCCUUCGGUGGCAAGGGCUUCACUGGUCUCUUGAAGGAGCGUAUGAAUGUGUGCACAACUCUGUGGCAAGCGGGGAUCAAGGCCGAGUUCCUUUACAAAGUAAAGCCAAAAUUGCCAAAUCAGUUCAAGGCUGCAGAAGCCAAUCUUACCCCCUUCUCAGUCAUUCUGGGAGAGGAUGAGCUGUCGCAAGGCAAGGUGAAGAUUAAGGAGAACGGUCUUCGAGAAGGCCACCCCGAGAAGGAGGGUGUAUUGGUCAAUCUCUCCGACCUGGUGACCGAAAUCAAGCAACGCCUAAAGCGGAAAGCCGAUCUCGACAGCAUGACCAAAGAAGCAGAAGGAUUGAGAGUAGUUGGUGGUAUCAGGGGGGAGCCAGAGAAGGUGGAGCUAGAGAAGAAGGUGCUGCCAGAGGAGGUGCUGCCAGAGAAGGUGGUGCCAGUAUUGGAUGCAGAAAAGCCAGCCCCGGAGGCGCCCGCAUCACAAGAAGCGACGGAAACGGCACCCCCUUCAUAA